UUCCCUUCAAUCAUCCUAGCAUUUUGAAUAAUUUAGCCUGCAUCAUAAUCUGCAGCCAUGAAGUGGGUAACAUUAAUUUCAUUCAUUUUCCUCUUCAGUUCAGCAACAUCCAGGAAUCUGCAAAGAGUUGCUCGUGACGCAGAGCACAAGAGUGAAAUUGCCCAUCGCUACAAUGAUUUGAAGGAAGAGACAUUUAAGGCAGUUGCCCUGAUCACAUUUGCCCAGUAUCUCCAGAGGUGUUCUUAUGAUGGACUGUCAAAGCUUGUGAAGGAUGUUGUUGAUCUGGCACAAAAAUGUGCGGCCAAUGAAGAUGCUCCUGAAUGCUCAAAGUCACUGCCUUCCAUUAUCCUUGAUGAAAUCUGCCAAGUGGAAAAGCUCCGUGACUCAUAUGGUGAAAUGGCCGACUGCUGUAGCAAAGCUGAUCCUGAAAGAAAUGAGUGCUUCCUGUCGUUUAAAGUUACCCAACCAGACUUCAUUCAGCCAUACCAAAGACCAGCUUCUGAUGUGAUAUGCAAGGAAUACCAGGACCACAGAGGGCCAUUUCUGGGAUAUUUCAUCUAUUCUGUUGCAAGAAGAAACCCCUACAUGUUUGCCCCUACAAUCCUUAGUUUGGCUGCUGAUUACGAACAUGCACUUCAAAGCUGUUGCCAAGAGAGUGAUAUUGGUGCUUGCCUGGACGCCAAGCCUAAUGUGACACUGUGCCUCCUGUUACUACAGGAAAAUGUCAUGAAAGAAAAAGCCAAGAAAAUAAGCAUAAAGCACCAAUAUUCUUGUGGAAUCUUCAAGAAGUUCGGAGAUAGAGUUUUCCAAGCACAAAAACUUGCUCGCCUAAGCCAAAAAUACCCCAAGGCUCCAUUCUCAGAAGUUUCUAAACUUGUACGUGAGUCCAAGGAGAUCGAAAAAGAGUGCUGUGCAGGGGACAUGGUGGAGUGCAUGGAUGACAUGGCAGAGGUCAUGAACAAUAUGUGCUCUAAACAAGAUGUUUUCUCAAGUAAAAUCAAAGGCUGCUGUGAGAAGCCUAUUAUGGAACGAGGCCAGUGUAUUAUAGAUGCAGAAUUUGAUGAGAAACCUGCAGAUCUUCCCUCAUUAGCUGAAAAAUACAUACAAGAUAAGGAAUUGUGUAAAAGUUUUGAAGCAGGCCAUGAUGCAUUCUUGUCAGAAUUUGUUUAUGAAUACGCACGAAGACACCCUGAGUUCUCCACACAGCUGAUUCUGAGAGUUGCCAAAGGAUUUGAAUCACUCCUGGAAAAGUGCUGCAAAUCUGAUAACCCUCCUGAGUGCUACGCAAAUGCUAAAGAACAACUGGACCAACAUAUCAAAGAAACGCAGGAUGUUGUGAAGAAGAACUGUGAUCUUCUCAGUGCCCAUGGCGAGCGAGACUUCUUCAAGUCCAUCCUGAUCCGCUACACUAAGAAAAUGCCUCAAGCACCCACUGAAGCCUUGCUUAAAAUUGGAAAGAAAAUGACAGAUAUCGGUACUAAGUGCUGCCAGCUUUCUGAAGACAGACGCAUGGCUUGUUCUGAGGGUUAUCUGAGCAUGGUGAUUAAUGAUAUGUGCAGGAAACAGGAGACCACACCGAUAAAUGACAACGUUUCACACUGCUGCAGCGAGUCCUAUUCUAACAGGAGACCAUGUUUCACUGCUAUGGGAGUAGAUACCAAAUAUGUUCCUCCACCAUUUAAUCCCGAUAUGUUCAGCUUUGAUGAAAAACUGUGCAGCGCUCCUGCUGAAGAACGAGAAUUAGGCCAGAUGAAAUUGCUUGUCAACCUCAUUAAACGCAAGCCCCAGAUGACAGAAGAACAAAUAAAGACAAUUGCUGAUGGUUUCACUGCCAUGGUUGACAAGUGCUGCAAGCAGUCAGACAUCAAUACAUGCUUUGGAGAAGAGGGUGCCAACCUAAUAGUCCAGAGCAGAGCGACGUUAGGAAUUGGUGUUUAAGACACGGUUGCCAGUGAGAAAAAUACAAAGAUAAAAUGCUUCUCCUGCCCAUUACCUUUUUUCCCUUGUUAUUGAAUCAUGGUUUCGUAAAUCUUCAGUGUUUUGUCAAACAAUAUGCUUUUCCAGAAACUUUUCAAUUCUAUUACAUGCAAAAAAAAAAAAAAAAAAAUAGAAUAAUAAAUAAAAGCUUUUUAAAUCUGCA